CAAACAUCAAAAUCUUAUCACAAACUUUCGUAUUACAUAAUUUUAAGAAAUCGUUAAUAUGUGGCAACAUUUUAUGUGAGACUUCUAUCACCUGUCAAGAGCAGGAUCGAUAUAGCAAAAUAAUUAUAAUAAAAAAUACAUAUCCACGUACAAAUGUUUCUCACGAGGCCUUCGAUUAUUCGCGGCAUAACUGCAUUCACUAAUCAAGUGUCCGCGCGAGCGCUGCACUCCACGCAAAUAGCAAUGGCGCCUAUAAAGGUUGGAGAUAAGUUGCCGGUGGCGGAUUUAUUUGAAGAUUCGCCGGCAAAUAAGGUGAAUAUUUGCGAGUUGACCGCUGGAAAGAAGGUGGUACUUUUUGCGGUGCCCGGAGCGUUUACGCCGGGCUGUUCGAAGACCCACUUGCCGGGCUACGUGCAGAAUGCCGAUAAGCUGAAGUCAGAGGGCGUCGGGGAGAUAGUGUGCGUUUCCGUAAACGACCCCUAUGUAAUGGCUGCUUGGGGAGCCCAACAUAACACCAAAGGAAAGAUCCGUAUGCUGGCUGACCCGAACGGUGCGUUCAUCAAAGCGUUGGAUCUGGGCACCAACCUGCCACCUCUGGGUGGCUUCCGCUCAAAAAGAUUCUCCAUGGUGAUAAACGACAGCAAAGUCGAGGAAUUGAAUGUAGAACCUGACGGCACCGGUCUCUCAUGCUCGCUGGCCGACAAAAUAAAAAUUAAGAAGUAAAUGUGUUUGUGUAGGUCUUUGGCGCGUUACGUCACCAGGGACAAUGGUUUGGGAGUAUUUUCAAAAUACUUUCUGAAUGUUAAGGCAGUUUACUGGUAAACUGUUCGUAGUGUAAUAUGCUUUAAGUACAAAAAAUCGUUAACGGGUGACGUGCCCUUGACCCACUAGGGUUCCUGUCUAAAUUCGAUCCUGUAUAUUUUUCGCUAUUUAAUGGGCAUUUACGUAAGUAUAAAAUUGUUUAUGCAUUUUUGGUACUUUAAUGUUGGAUUUGGUGACGGAACGCGAAUGAAAACUAUUUGCCCUUAAGAAUUCUCGCAAUUAUUUAGUUUUAAGAUCCCACUUUGGUAACUUGUGAUCUUACACUUAGCUAAACGUAUAGACUGUUGAGCACUUCUUGUGAUAUGAAAAACAUCAUUUUAUUAUUAAAUCGUCUUACAAAGUA